UGCUACGUCAGACGUAAGUCGGUGGAAAGGUGUGACGAUUACCUCCCCUUCAUACCCACUUCCACCACAGGGUAUUGCUAAUAAAGUCAGAACCUGCGAAUGUGAAAUAUCUACUGAUUCAACAUCAGCCUUAUCCCUGGCCUACCUUAACAGUAAUAUGGCGGGUAAGAGUGGUAAAUGUGACGAGGAGAUGCUGUUGCUGGAACAGAAAUAUAGCUCUGGUCCCACCUCAAAAUUCAAAGUAUCGGAUGAAUUAUGCGGGAAGAGAUCUGACUACAUUAGAAGAUUCGGGGACAGUUCAAUAAGACUUACAUACCUGUUGGGUGGUUCAGACGGUUUGAAGUUGAAGGGAGGAUUUUUUGCCCAAGUGACGGCCGAGUCUAUCUCGAGAGGAUCAAGCCUGAUAAACGUCAAAUGUAAAUCUGUACACACUGACGGUACGUCUGCUCCCAACAUCAGUCAGUUUCCAAGUAGGCCUACAAACCAAAGAACCAACCGCGUUCCUGUGAUCAUCAAAGAGCAGAAACAGUUUAUUCCACCUUUACGUGUGGACAGUCCGGUAACGGCAUCACCUGCAAUCUUGACCACCAUGGCUAACAAACCCUUGCAAGCAACCUCACCUAGAUGGAGAAUAGGACCGAGAGGAAGAAAAUACAUUCCAAGACCAGGCCAUGCUAAUGGUCCGCUAUUUCUUGACGGAGGUGGCGCGCGUGUAAUUAGACGACGAUACCCAGGAGGUCGGCAACCAGGAAGGCCGAUCAUUCGCAGACGCAUUGUUUUCAGAACUACAACACCAUUGAUGCUUGGUGUCACCACAUUGGAACCUUUGGAUAAUCUGAUUAAAAUAACAGAGACAGUGACUGUAAAAACACCGGUAACCCAAGACAUCUUAAACUCCUCGAGUCCUAAAGUUGGAAUAGGCAACAGUGCUGGAGCUGUUAAAGCUGGAAUGGAUCCAGCAACAAAAGAACAAAUCAACAUUGCUAGUUCUAGUGAAGGAACGUUGAUAGCAGUCGUGGCUUCUAUGGCAUCCAUCAUAGUUAUAAUGGUUUCUGUUGGUUUUUAUUAUUUCUUCAAAAAGUAUCAACGACAGGACAGUUCAGUGGGUUCGGAUACAAGUACUUCGUGGUAUUCCUAUGGUGACCCAAGUUACAUGCACACAGAGUUGUCAAAUAGCACACAUGUUCAGCCUGCUAAAAGGGGAGGUAACCUCAACAACUCCGACGAAAGUGUUUAUUACGAAUCAUGUGACAAUGGAAUUAAUCGACAAACUGGGUUGGUCACGGCAAAAAGUUCAAAUAAUGAACAUAGUACUCAAACUAAUGUUACAAAUUCGCAAUCAAAUUGCGCACCGGCGAUGAAAACAGCAAACACCAAUUCUACAACUUCGAUGCAGAAUAAGUCAACCGACAGCGGGCCAGCACCUCAAGCUCCACCCAGAAGAAAGCGGCGGCGACCUCCACCUCUGCCACCACAAAAUAAUGAUUACGAUAACAAUAUCACAAUUACACCACGCCAAUCUCUUGGUGCCAGUUCUCAAAUUAAGCAGAAUGUUUACGACAAUGAUAAGGCAGUGUUACAAUUCCAGAAUAUGGUUGACAAUGCGAAUGCAGUGAUAACAUGUCAACCACACCCAAUAUCAGAACACAGUUCCAGUACUGACCAUUACGACAAUAAUACGGACGUGGAACCAAUCGUGCAGAUACGUGGACAUGAAAGUACAGAAUAUGCCAGCAUUUCUGAAAUGCAGGAUAUGGCUAAUUCAGAAUGUUGAAUACAUUUUAGGGCCUCAGAACGAAUAAUUCGGGUGUAGUGUGCAGUCUUGGAAAAGCAUCCUGUUUACUUAUGAUUGUGAGAUAACCUUUGUUGUCGUGAGGUGUCUGGAUUCAUAAAUACCAGUAGUCGUGAAAUCCUUAUUGACGGGUGCGGGGUGGGGUCUGUAUGUUAAAGAUAAAAUUUAUUAUGGAAUCUCCUCAGAGGUUGAUAAUGUUUUCUUCUCUAACACCAGUAUUUCAAUACUCCAUGAUCAUGGCCGUGAUAUUUAACGAUAAUUCUAGCCCAUAUACAUGAAUAGUUUCCUGAUUGUAACCCAGACAAGCAUAAAACUCACCUUAAAAAAAUCAUACAAAACACCCGGGUUCACCGUUUUCAGCCCACUGUUAAAAAAUUAUCGUACGCAAACGAUUUAUUAAAGAUGUUAAUGACUGGGGUUCUUUAUUUUAAAGAUGCAUUAUGUAAGAGCUAAGUAUGCCUAUUGCAGAGGUUUCUUUUGGUCUCAAAUGUUAUAAUAAAUUAUUAAUUGUACAUUUAUUCACAUGACAAGCCAAUAAUCAACACACUAGAUCAUCGGAUGGUUGUGAUUUUGUGCGGAUUGGAACACGGUCGCCAUUAAAUGAUUUAAUUUAAAAAUGGAUAACUGAGGCUUUGCUUCUUAUGGUAAGAAAGAAAAUCGGGACCACGGUAUUCUUCAGACAGUCACAACUUAGCUCAGAAUGAACCAAUUUAUUUUGUUGAAAUGUUCAAUA